AUGAAGAUUAAUGAUCCUACAGUUAGUAUCCUGAAGAUUAAUGAUCCUACAGUUAGUAUCCUGAAGAUUAAUGAUCCUACAGUUAGUAUCCUGAAGAUUAAUGAUCCUACAGUUAGUAUCCUGAAGAUUAAUGAUCCUACAGUUAGUAUCCUGAAGAUUAAUGAUCCUACAGUUAGUAGUAUCCUGAAAAUUAAUGAUCCUACAGUUAGUAUCCUGAAGAUUAAUGAUCCUACAGUUAGUAUCCUGAAGAUUAAUGAUCCUACAGUUAGUAUCCUGAAGAUUAAUGAUCCUACAGUUAGUAUCCUGAAGAUUAAUGAUCCUACAGUUAGUAUCCUGAAGAUUAAUGAUCCUACAGUUAGUAUCCUGAAGAUUAAUGAUCCUACAGUUAGUAUCCUGAAGAUUAAUGAUCCUACAGUUAGUAUCCUGAAGAUUAAUGAUCCUACAGUUAGUAUCCUGAAGAUUAAUGAUCCUACAGUUAGUAUCCUGAAGAUUAAUGAUCCUACAGUUAGUAUCCUGAAGAUUAAUGAUCCUACAGUUAGUAUCAUGAAGAUUAAUGAUCCUACAGUUAGUAUCCUGAAGAUUAAUGAUCCUACAGUUAGUAUCCUGAAGAUUAAUGAUCCUACAGUUAGUAUCCUGAAGAUUAAUGAUCCUACAGUUAGUAUCCUGAAGAUUGAUGAUCCUACAGUUAGUAUCCUGAAGAUUAAUGAUCCUACAGUUAGUAUCCUGAAGAUUAAUGAUCCUACAGUUAGUAUCCUGAAGAUUAAUGAUCCUACAGUUAGUAUCCUGAAGAUUAAUGAUCCUACAGUUAGUAUCCUGAAGAUUGAUGAUCCUACAGUUAGUAUCCUGAAAAUUAAUGAUCCUACAGUUAGUAUCCUGAAGAUUAAUGAUCCUACAGUUAGUAUCCUGAAGAUUAAUGAUCCUACAGUUAGUAUCCUGAAAAUUAAUGAUCCUACAGUUAGUAUCCUGAAGAUUAAUGAUCCUACAGUUAGUAUCCUGAAGAUUAAUGAUCCUACAGUCAGUAUCCUGAAGAUUAAUGAUCCUACAGUUAGUAUCCUGAAGAUUAAUGAUCCUACAGUUAGUAUCAUGAAGAUUAAUGAUCCUACAGUUAGUAUCCUGAAGAUUAAUGAUCCUACAGUUAGUAUCCUGAAGAUUAAUGAUCCUACAGUUAGUAUCCUGAAGAUUAAUGAUCCUACAGUUAGUAUCCUGAAGAUUAAUGAUCCUACAGUUAGUAUCCUGAAGAUUAAUGAUCCUACAGUUAUCAACACCAAGAAUAACAAACCUACAGUUAUCAACACCAAGAAUAACAAACCUACAGUUAUCAACACCAAGAAUAACAAACCUACAGUUAUCAACACCAAGAAUAACAAACCUGCAGUUAUCAACACCAAGAAUAACAAACCUACAGUUAUCAACACCAAGAAUAACAAACCUACAGUUAUCAACACCAAGAAUAACAAACCUACAGUUAUCAACACCAAGAAUAACAAACCUACAGUUAUCAACACCAAGAAUAACAAACCUACAGUUAUCAACACCAAGAAUAACAAACCUACAGUUAUCAACACCAAGAAUAACAAACCUACAAUUAUCAACACCAAGAAUAACAAACCUACAGUUAUCAACACCAAGAAUAACAAACCUACAGUUUUCAACACCAAGAAUAACAAACCUACAGUUAUCAACACCAAGAAUAACAAACCAGACUUUACUUAA